AUGGCGCACAGCGAUGACUCGGAAAACGAAAGGGAAGAAGCCAAUUACAACACCAUCCUGUAUGAACAAAACCUAAAAGACGAAAUAGACUACUAUGGGGAAGACUUACCACACAUCAAUUUUUACUUGAAGUUCCAGAGGAAAAACUUUCUACAGGAGUUCCUCCAGGAGGUGAUGCUUCCGAGUGGGGUCACAUCGGAUGGGGGUGAGGCGAGGCAAAAUGAAGAGACGGUCAUCCCGGUGGAGCAAAGAAAGGAGACUGCUACCCCUGCUGAGGGGAGCACUCCCAAUAAUGCAAUCGGACAGGAUGCAGAACUGGAGGAGGUGUUGAAUGAGGGGGGUUUCUACGUGGAAGAGGACUCCGGGGGGGAGGGACAGCUAUUGGUGCAACCGCUUCUGGAGAGACCGCUUUUGGAGCAGCCCCAUUUUAUCCCCACGGCAGACCAUCACUGCGAAGACAGCAGCGUCAGGAAUUCCUUACUAAAGCUCACACAGGGGAGUGCCCCCUGGAGUGACACCGCAGACCUCACGCAUCUAAACGAAGAUGAGGAAGCCAUAAAGCAGUUAAACAAGAUUUUCCAAAAAAAUAAAGAUAAAUUCCUGUUCAGUGUGGAGAGGCAACACGGGACUAACGGAGAGCUCAUUCUACAAGAGUAUUGCUUCUUAUGCAACAAGAAGAAGAAGUUAAAUAAACCCCUGUGUGCAGUAAACAUAUACAUCUGCUACGAUUGCAAAGUGUUGGACAAUAACUUCAAAAUGAUAUCCCUCAGCAAGUUAGUGAGGAAAUAUUGCCUUAACAAUUAUGACCUAUCCAAAUAUGAAAAACAGCUAGCUCUUCUGUGCACAAAGAACCCACGUGGGUAUUCCAAACAAAUGAAACUCUACUUUCUUUUCCAAAUCAAAGAAAUUGCCAUACGAAAGCACGGCUCCAUGGAAGGAGUCAAACGCAUGUACAUAUCGAAGCUGCUAAACUCAUUUAGCAAUGCACAGACAACUCCUCAGUCGAAGAAGAAACGGAAGGACCUGCACAAGAUGGUUAAGCCAAAGAGUAUUUACAGUAAGAAGGUUAAAAAGCAGGAGGAACAAAAAAUCAUUUGCGAUGAUAAUGAACACGAGUUUGACUCGCCCACCUGCACCAACGCGGAGGAUUCCCUUUACGUGAAAAGGUGCAGGAAGUGCGCCUACCAGGUGGAGUACAUGCAGUUCUGA